CCUUAUCCUAUACAAUCCAUUCAUACAUCGUAAUUAGUUACAUGGCGGAGACAGGCGGAGAUUCAGCACCACCGCCACGGAGAAUUCCACCAAUGAUAACACUCCCACCGCGUUCUUCUUCCGAUACCUUCCUCACCGGUAUUAGCCCCGGCCCCAUGACACUAGUCUCCAAUUUUUUCUCCGAUCACUACCCAGACACUGAUAUCUAUUCUCUCUCUCAGCUUCUCGCCGGAGUCCUACCUUCCCCCGCCGCUGAAAACUCACCUGCACCUCCACUUUACAAUGACUAUUUAUCUCUAUUAUCCCCGGAAGAAUCACGAACCAGUCAAACAUCAGACCCCUACGUCGACAACUCCUCCCAAAUCCGAUCACCGGAAACUGUUUCGGAUUCUGAAUCUGGUGACUCGAAACCCGAACGAGUGGUGGCUCUAGCUAAACCCGCUAGCGAUGGGUAUAACUGGAGGAAAUACGGGCAGAAACAAGUGAAGGCAAGCGAGCUUCCUCGUAGCUAUUACAGAUGCACGCAAGUUAACUGCCCGGUGACCAAAAAGAUCGGACAUUUUCUUGAUGGGAAUACCAGCGAGAUCAUCUACAGUGGUCGGCAUAACCACGAGCCACCGCAGCUUCAUAAACCAGCGGUGGUUGCCGAUGAACAAGCUUACGAACUAAUGCCAAAAAGAAGGAAGACUGAGGUGAAGUGUGUGGACCGGAGUAGCUCGUGUCGGGUGGUGGUCACUGAACCAAAGAUUGUCGUGCAGACGAGAAGUGAAAUCGAUAUAUUAGAUGAUGGAUUCAAGUGGCGAAAAUAUGGGCAGAAAGUGGUGAAAGGGAAUAUUUACCCCAGGAGUUACUAUAGAUGCACCUACGUAGGGUGCAAAGUUCGAAAGCAUGUUGAGCGGGCUUUAUCGGACCUUAAAUCAGUUGUAACUACAUAUGAAGGGAGACAUAAACACGACAUUCCUGUAGUUGUCAAACCUUCAAGUAACAACGAAAUAAACUUCAAAGCCGAAAUACCAUUUUUGCUACAACUAAAAGAAGAGAAAAUCAUGAUCUAAGCCGGACUUUAGACUUGUGCCUUUUUUGAAAGGUGAUUGAUGAUUUGAAUUAGCCUUGCUUUCGGAGCUGGUCAUCCAUUAUGGUAUGGUGGAGGAGGUGAUGUCCAUCUAGGAUUGUGAGCAAUGAGAAUCAGUAGGUGUUUGAAUUUGGAAGAAAAAACUUGGUUUUAUGUUUUGCUUUUGAUUAUAUCGAAAUUUAUGUGUAGUUAUGUUUAAUUUGUAGCACCCCAUGGGGGAUUAGAAAUACUAGUCUACGAGACUUUAAUAUGAUUUGUCGCAUCGUCACAUGCAUUUAUUUUUCUAGUGGCUUUUGAUAUUAUUUAUAUAUCUAAAUAUCUUCGUAUUCUAAUAAAAGAAAAGUUUUAUUCUUCUUUUGAAA